UCCAAACUUACAUUUUUUCCCUCUUCCUCUUAAGUUUCAGCAUCAGCAACUUCCAAACUUGAAUAUUUUUUUCAAAGAUUAAAUCUGGUCUUCUUGUUUUGCUUGGUUUCUGUCUUUCUGAUAUCAUAUAUACUCUGUUUUUCUACUGUUCCUUGAGCUUUAAGAAACAAAACAAUAGGACUUAGGGUUUUUGUUUUGUGGAAGUUUCACUCUGUUUUCGACAAGAAAGUGAGUGAAUCAAAGGGCAUAUAGUUCUGGAGUUUCAGAAUUAGAAUACGACUACGUAAGUCAUUUAAAGAAAUUAUAGAUAUAGACGAUGGUGGGAUCCUAUUUACCACCUGGUUUCAGAUUUCAUCCAACAGAUGAAGAACUUGUUGGUUAUUACCUGCACAGAAGAAACGAAGGUCUUCAGAUCGAGCUCGAAAUCAUUCCAUUAAUGGAUUUAUACAAGUUUGAUCCUUGGGAACUUCCAGAGAAAUCCUUCUUGCCGGAUCGAGAUAUGGAAUGGUUUUUCUUCUGUCAUCGUGACAGAAAAUACCAGAACGGAUCUCGGAUAAAUAGAGCAACUAAAUCUGGAUACUGGAAAGCCACGGGCAAAGAUCGAAACAUCGUUUGUCACUCUUCUUCUUCUUCUUCCUCUGUCACCGGGUGCCGAAAAACCCUAGUUUUUUAUAUGGGUCGAGCCCCUUUUGGUGGUAGAACCGAGUGGGUAAUGCAUGAGUAUCGCCUCUUCGACAACGAUACUUCACAAGGAUCACUAAACUUUAAGGGAGACUUCGCGCUGUGUCGUGUGAUAAAGAGGAAUGAGCAUACGCGUAAGAAAUCUGAAACCAACUCACCAGAGGUUUCAGAUGAGCUAUUGAGCAACAAUGUUAAGAUAUUUUGUCAAGCAAGUGACCUAGAAAAGGGUUCUUGUGAUGCAAGUAACACACUCUGGUCUUCACCUGAUUUCAUCCUUGAAUCAUUUUUUCAGGGAAACUCACAAUCACAAACAGAAGAAGAUUCUGGUUCACAAGUAUUUCCACUUCCUGAACUCGAAAAUCCGCCAGAGGUUUUCGCAGAUUUGAAUUUCGACUGGGAAAUGGAUAAUCCAUUCAUGUUUGAUUAUCAUCCAGAAGCUCAUAUGAACAAUGAAGUCAUGAGCUAUCACAUUCUUGGCUAAAGAAAAACAUUAUUGUUCACUAAUCUCAAAACCAAACACUCCAGUCUCCAGAUGGAUCAAGAUCUAACUAUAAUCCCAUUUAUUUAAUAUAUAGGUUUGUUUGUGUGUAUAAUCAUAUAGUGUAGUUGCAUAUUAUGUAAUUUGAAAGUACAAGAUUCUCCACUAUCAACUAGUAGUUAGAAAUACACUUUUCAAAGACCUUUUAGGUCUCAAAAGUAUGUAUAAUCAAGGUUGUAUAUCUACCUACAAAUUACAUAAAUAAAAAUGAAUAAUUGGAUA